CCAGUAAAAGCACACGAGGACGCCCCGGAGCACGACAGGUCCGCACGCACAGCCUCUCCACCAGCUUCCUCCGGCUGCGUGCCGGCGCCCACCUUCCCGUCCCCUUUAACUCCGUGGCGGAAGCGGCGCGGCGGCCGGUCUCUGGCGCCCAAUGAGUUUGUGCGGCGCGUCCUCUGGCCUGACCGGGCUGGGCCCGUCACUUCCUGCCCCUGGAGCCGGCACGGCUGCGGCUGAGAUCCUGGGGAGGCGGAGGUGGAGGAGGAGCAGGAGGGGGGCGGGGAGGCUUGCGUUGCGUUCGCCACCACCAUGCCCUUUGAUUUCAGGAGGUUUGACAUCUACAGGAAGGUGCCAAAAGACCUUACGCAGCCAACCUUUACAGGAGCUAUUAUCUCUGUCUGCUGCUGCUUCUUUAUACUGUUUCUCUUCUUGUCUGAGCUUACUGGAUUCAUAGCCACUGAAAUUGUGAAUGAGCUGUACGUGGACGAUCCAGACAAAGACAGCGGUGGCAAAAUAGAAGUCAAUUUGAACAUCAGCUUGCCAAAUCUGCACUGUGAAUUGAUUGGACUAGACAUUCAAGAUGAAAUGGGAAGGCAUGAAGUUGGCCAUAUUGACAACUCGAUGAAAAUUCCUCUGAAUAAUGGAGAUGGAUGCAGGUUUGAGGGCCACUUCAGCAUCAAUAAGGUUCCAGGUAAUUUUCAUGUUUCAACACACAGUGCCACAGCACAACCACAGAAUCCAGACAUGACUCACAUCAUCCACAAACUCUCCUUUGGUGACAAGUUACAGGUCCAGAACAUCCAUGGAGCAUUCAAUGCCCUGGAGGGAGCAGACAAGCUCAGCUCAAACCCCCUUGCAUCUCAUGAUUAUAUACUGAAGAUUGUUCCCACUGUGUACGAAGAUAUGAGUGGCAAACAACGGUACUCAUACCAAUAUACUGUAGCCAAUAAGGAAUAUGUUGCAUACAGUCACACAGGGCGCAUCAUUCCAGCUAUCUGGUUUCGCUAUGACCUGAGUCCCAUCACAGUGAAAUACACAGAAAGACGACAGCCCUUGUACAGAUUCAUCACAACAAUUUGUGCCAUCAUCGGGGGAACAUUCACUGUGGCUGGAAUUCUUGACUCCUGCAUUUUCACUGCCUCCGAAGCCUGGAAAAAGAUCCAAAUAGGGAAGAUGCAGUAGCAGAACAAUCCUCAGCCGGAUCCAGUGUGGAAAAGCAAAGAAGGAGAAGUCCACUUUUUCCCCCCCUCCUUUGUAUCAGUUUCGCUUGAUAAUAUGCCAGUUCAGUUACCAUGUUGAAAAUGUUUUAAAGGAGCAAACAACACAACUCCAUUCCACAUGUUCCAUCCUCUGAAAAAGAUGUUUGAGGUUAUCUACCUCCGUAUUUUAAAACCAAAUCCUAUGGAUCUGACUAAUGUAACUAUUUUGAAAACCUCACAGGUGCUAAAGCCAGGGCAAAAACUUAGUUAUAACUAAUUAUGCAAGUCAGAUUUUUUUCAACAUUCUGUAAUUGGACAAUCAUGUUAUCUUAUGAUCAAACUGCAAAUACAUUUUAAAAAUAAAUAAAACAGCAAAAACAAACUAGCCUGGAUAUCCAGUACAGGUAGAAUACUUUAUAGUUAGGCAUUUGUUCAUUACAGGAAUAUUAAGAAGUUGCUGUUUUGACUUAUAUACUGACCCAUGGUGCUAGAGCACUCUCUGGGCAGUUUACAACAUAAUUAUGCAAACAACAC